GACGCCACGCCCGUGACAAAGGCCGACUUUGGCGCCCAGGCGCUGCUCAUGGCCUCCCUGCGCAGCUUCUUCCCGCACGACAGCUUCGUAGGCGAAGAAGACGCCGAGGCGCUGCGCAGCGACUCGCAGCUGGCCGAGGCCGUGUGGGCGCUUGUGAAGGAGGCGUGCAGCGACUUUCAAUCCAUCAUCAUCAACAACAAUGCAGACGGCAGCAGCAGGACGACGACGACGACGAGUAGUCUGCCUGGUCCGGCGUCGUUGGAGGAAAUGCUCGAGCUGCUGGACCUGGCCGGGCGCGGACAGCCGGGGCCGCGGGGCCGGUUCUGGAUCAUGGAUCCGGUGGACGGGACGGCGUCGUUUCUCAGGGGCCAGCAGUACGCCGUGUCGCUGGCGCUGGUCGAGGACGGGCGCGAGGUGCUCGGCGUGGUGUGCUAUCCGAACCUCGGCCUCGACGGCGGUGGUGGUGGUGGGAUCGUGGCGGAGACGAGCGUCGACGUGCACGGCUGCGGCGUCAUGCUGUCGUCCAUCCGCGGCGAGGGCACCGACUAUCGCAGGCUACUGUCGACGGAGCCCACCGGUCUCGGUCCGGCGAGGAAGCUCGACCGCCUCUCUCCUCCCGCUGAUCUCUCGGCCCUGCGCUUCGUGGACUGUCUCGCUAGCAAGUCGUCCCGCCUCGACAUUGCUGAGGGGUUGGCUAGGCAGAUUGGUGCGCUGCCGUUUCCGGGGGUGGACUUGUGGUCGUCGCACGUGCGGUAUGCGGCGCUGAUGCUUGGUGAUGAUGAUGAUGAUGGCGGCAACAAGGAGCAGGAGGAGAAGAAGGGGAGGAAUAGGCAUCCCUCGCGCGCGUGCGUCUGGGAUCAUGCGGGCUCGCAGCUGCUGUACACGGAAAUGGGCGGCAAGGUGACGGACCUCGAGGGCCGCGAGAUGGACUUUGGGAGGGGGAGGACGCUGGCGGGCAACUGGGGGCUUGUGGCGGCGCCGGAGGGGGUCCAUGGGGAGGUGUUGAGGCUGGUGAGGGAAUGGAUCGAG